AUUCGAUGGAUACUGUGUUCUCUAGUUACCGAUUCAACCAUACAAGCUGACCUUUUCACCGCUUCAGUCUUCUGAAAAUCACAUUUCACUCGAUGCAUUCUCUCGAAAUUAUUCGGAUUUUCAAAUUAUGGAUUUUCAAACCAUAAUAAAAUUCCAUUUAGGCUUGUUACGGGACACGAUUUUCAAGCAUUCGCCUUUAGAAAACCUAUUCAAAAUCCAGUCGAAUACUUAAUGGAUACUUGGAAAAAUAGUCAACUGGGAGAAUCUCGAUAUUUCCAAUAGACUUUCCAAAGUUUCUCAAAUCUAACUUUCACCCAAACUGGAUCAAUACUUGGACACUUUACAAUGUAGAACAUUCCUGAUAUGAAUUUCAUUGAUGGUUCACGUACAGUGAAAGAUUUUUCAUUCAUUCUUCCAGCUACAUCGACCUCUUGUACCGUCUGCCCUUUCAUCGAUCCUAUAGAUUCUAUAGAUUCUACGGAUUCUAUAGACUCUAUGGAGAUAUUUGUUUUAUUUCAUCAUUUCUGGGGAGAAAAAAUCUUUCUCCCUCCGGAUUUUAAGCGGUGCCACGUGCUCGCCGGCUAUCUCCAACGUGCCUAUCCCUCUCUCGGAGUGAUCAAUACUGUAGGUCUUCUGCGGAAGACAGGUAUGUGACUGGUCCAGAUUUCAAUUUGGAGACUACACAGGCGAAAAAACGAUUCUCCUCCUUUUGGAGUCGUGUCGUCUUCGAAAACGAUUCAAUUUUUAUCUGGAAAUGUGCAAACUUCUGUUUAAUAAUCUCUUUUCUUUAGUAACAAUCAAAAAUCUGACCAACGCUUUCCGUUUAAACACAUUUUCAAUCAGAAAUUACAACUAUAGCUGAAAAACACUUUGAUCGUUUGCUUCUAAUCGUUCUUUACUAUUGUAGAUUAAACAAUGCGAUUCAAGCUUUCGCGCAUUCUUUUCAAGCUUUAACUAUAAAUCUACAUGAAUAAUCAUUUGACUAUUUCAAACUUAAAGUAACACACCAGUGCUACCGACGACGGUGCUACAAACUAAAGGUUCGCUUUCAAAAUGCCGGACGUUUUAAAGCCCUUUAAUCGGGGACGGUUUUGUAUACGUUAGCAAUCUAAUAUUACAAUGAUACGAUAUCGCGAUAAAAUCUCAACGCAAUUAUAGAUUAACGAAUCCUAUUUGGUGCCGUCCAAUCUCGCCUUUAAAUGAAUCCACCUCUCCCACAGCAGAGAGGGCAAUGUUUUCUGUACAGGUAGUAAGAUCUUCCGGAGGAACCCCAGUUGCAUCGACAUUCGAUUGUUUUUGUUUUCAAUCUAUUCUCAAGAUCCAGAAAUCUGUACUUGACUUCAACAAAUGUUUGUGCCGUGAUUCCUUUGUGUAGAAGUAACCUCCGUCAAUUUUUCUUAUUUCAAGACUCGAAAGUUUUGCAAUUUCCAUUCAAACUUUCAAACCUACAAACUUAUUUCUAGUGAAAGAAAUAUAACAUUCCAUAUCCACUCAGAUCAGCUUUUCGUAUUCUGCAACAGCAUAGAGAUGCUGUUUUGAAUGCAAACUAUGCACAGAGGAAAUCUGAUCAUGAGUGAUUAAUUAAAUGCUCUUGAUACGUAAGGUGCUGAUCAACUUGACAGUUCUAGCUGUGAUUCUGGUGCUGUUUUAUUGUUAUCAGACAUCAAAUGGUAGACAUUGGUUGGCACACACCGUUCCAGAACAGGAAAGUACCUCGACAACAAAGUCGAGUAGCUUUGGAGAAGAUGAAACGUCCAAUGCGCUUCUCGAGAUUGAAAAGGUUUAUUAUAAUGUCUGGUGCAUUUUCACAAAAGUUGCUAGUAACUCACCGAUGAAAAGGAAGUUUGAGAUUUUUGCAGAAUCUUUGCUCAGAUUAUCUUCUGUUGACAUUGUGUUUCAUGUAAUAACCGAUGAUGACAGUAAGGACGUCGCAGAAAAUGUGUUGGAAGGGAUCUUGUUGUCGACAGAAAAGUUUAUGAAGGUGCAAUAUUACGAUGUACACGAACUGGCAUCCCAAUUGGAAGACAUUGUAUCGGUAAUGUCUCCACAUUUCAGUAGUAAACCAGGAACAUACUACUCGGAUGCAUUGUUUUUCUUAUCUCUGGGUUUGCAUCGUAUAGCUCCGAUAGAACAAAGUUUUGCGGUAAUGUUCGAUGCCGAUACAAAGUUUCGUAAGGAUAUCAAGGAACUGUUCGAGGAAUUUAACAGUUUCGGAGAGCAAGCCCUAUUCGGUCUAGCUCCGGAGCUUACUCCGGUUUACAGACACGUUUUGUAUCUGUAUCGCAACAAACAUCCGAAUACAUUUUUCGGAGAACCUGCCAAGUCGGGCGGUUACCCUGGCUACAACAGUGGGGUAGUACUUUUCAACUUGGAUAGAUUACGAAAUUCUUCUGCCUACAAUAAUAUCGUUAAAAAGGAAAGCGUCGACGCGAUGACUGAAAAAUAUCAUUUUAAGGGACAUUUGGGAGAUCAAGACUUCUACACGCUCCUAGGAAUGGAAAGGCCAGAGUUGAUUCACACCAUUGAUUGUGGUUGGAAUAGGCAGUUGUGUACGUGGUGGAGAGACCGUGGUUAUGCGGAUGUGUUUGGAAAUUAUUCGAGGUGCGAUUCGGAAACAAAAUUAUGGCACGGGAACUGCAAUACUCCAAUACCUGACAAUUAAUUAAUGUUCGGCGUAAUCAUUUUUAUAUGAACAUAAACAUGACAAUACGAGAGAUCUCUUUUUCAAUGAUUGUUAGUGGAUUUUUAAGGUGGAUAAUGUAGCUGUACCUGGUGCUGUUCAAGCGUUACAUUGACAAGAUUUUUUCAGAAUGGGCAGCUCCGAAUCAGUGAUUGUUCGUUCGACGACGAUACACGUUCAUAUCUUUCAUUGUGAUAACAAUAUAUUUAUAAAAAUUGUUUAGUCUGUAAGCGAGAUUGUUUCGCAGUGCCUAUGAACUAGUUUGUAAGAUGUUAAUUUUCAGUGUUGUAUAUUUUAAAUAUACAUUCGAAAUAGAAUACAUACCACAUUUCUGUCCUCGUAGGAGAUGGGUGCUACUCUGUACAAAAUGCCAACAAUAAAAGAUAUAUGUUAAGGAUGCUACUGU